AUGUCCGACCUCGGGGAAGCGAUCCGGCUCUAUCGAGAGGCGCUGGAACUCAGACCAGCACCUCAUCCGGACCGUAGUUCCUCGCUUAUCAACCUUGCAAAUGCCCUUCUCAUGCGCUUUGCGCAGAUUGGAACCAUGUCCAACAUCGAGCAAGCAAUCCAGCUCUUUCAAGAGGCGUUGGAACUCACACCAACGUCUCAUGCGCGUCGCCACUACGCGCUCUACGGCCUUGGACGUUCACUCUUCUCUCUAUUUCGUCUCCCCGCCUCUGAGAUUGAUAUUGAAGAAGUAGUUGACUUGCUUCAGGAAGCGUUGGCUCUCCGACCGACGCACCAUCCUCUCCGUGGGCAAACCCUGCCUUUUCUUGCUGAUGAUGCUUUGGAGGCUCGUUUCAAUUUGAAGGGUAUGGCUGAGGAUAGGGAGGAGGCAGUCCGACUUCGUGCGGAACUCGCGGAGCUGCGCAAAAAAAUUGAAAUUUCCGAAGUCGGAAAUAAUACCUUUCGACAUAUGCACACCCUCCUGCAUUUCUUUCUUUCUUGA